GAGGAUCACCUGAACGCGUCACAAACCAAGCUCGCUAGCUGUCCUAGCCUGCGCAGAGAUGAUGCACAGUGAGUGCACCUGUGUCAUUUCCCUGAAAGACAAGCGACUUCUCAGCUGGCGUUGAACAUAACAGAUGUCUUAAUUUAUUUAUUCCAAUGAGCAAAACAGCGGGAGUAAUCUGAAAGAGUUCAAAUUGUGCUGCGGUUUGCUGUAAGGUAAUGUUGCAUUGUUAUAAAUUGCUCAUAUGUCAACAUUAGCAAGUUAAGGCUGCUCUGUAGUUUGGCCAUGAGUAUAGACUGUAUUACCUUUAUUUACAUUUGACCAGCUGUGUUAUCAGCAACCGUUUUCACAUUUUCUGUUUCGACACAUUACUGUUGGGACUCGGAAUUAUGUCCACAAAAUGGGUAAUUACAUUUAGCUUUGCGUUUUGUUGUUAUUUUACAAAUAUAGGCCUAAAUGCCUUGAAAUUCUUUCUUCAAUGGAGUAACCGAUACCGUACAAAACAAGGAUCCUCAAACAAGCCUCGAUAUAAUUUGUCAUUUCCUCAUAUAAAGAGAGUCUAGAUUUACAGCUUGGUUGCUGUCUUCUAUUAUUUGGGCAGACAUCUUUGGUAUAACUAUUUACUAUCAGCCCAGAUGAAGUUGUGGUGUCAGGUUUGUGUAUAGACAACAAAACAAAUUAAAAUAAUCUUAAGAGUAGAACAUCAGGGAAGUUCCUAUUUGGGAAGCAAACUAUUUCUCUGGUUACUGGCCUCUGCAGUAACAAAGUCAGUGUGAACUUUGGACCUUGACCCAUUUUCCAAACUGAAGCUGACCUUAUGAGAGGUAUGAUCCAGCACAUGAUAAGCCAAAAAUAAUAUUGGUUUAUUGAUGACCCUAAGUUUGAUCAGACUGAAUGAGGAACUGUAUUAGACUAUCUUAAUGACUAAUUUCCAACUACAGUCUACACAGGUCGUGUUUACCUGCUUUCAACACAAGGAAAUGUUGAAACAUGAGCCAGGAGGAAGUUGAGUAAUUAUCCAUUUCUCAAGACCAGUUCCUUAACUCCACUAAUCAAAUUUAAAGGACUGUGACAUUGCUGGGUUUAAUCCCUCAAUUGGCUAUGGGGACAAGGCUUUAAUCCCCAGUUUGUGGAUGCAGAGAGGGGGGUUUGAGGCCAUGUUUUCAAUACACUUUACUGAACUUGGUCAGAGCAAAGCACCUGCUGUGUAGCAAAAGCAUUAAAGGGAGACAUGGUUUGAGUAGUUUUUUGCAUAAAUUGGUGCACACAUGACAAAAUGGAGCUUGACCGAGUGUCUCUGAACAUCAUAAGAUCUAUGUUCUCUUUUUAUGUUUUCUAUUGAUGCAGAUGGGAGAGUUUGACAGAAAUGCUCUUGGCCGGGUCACAGUGUACUCCAUUCAGGGCUGCCCACACUGUGUACAAGCAAAAGCCAUGCUGGGUCGUUUGGGAGUACCAGUGUGUGAUGUUGAUGUAGGGAAACACCCGGAGUUAAGAUCCAGGGUGAAGGAGUUAACAGGACGCAGCACAGUCCCUCAGAUCUUUUUUAACAAUAUCCAUGUUGGGGGCAAUGAUGACCUACAAAAGCUGGUGAGGAACACACACAAAUAAAGAUGUUUCUUUUCUGUUUUGCUUUGAGUAAGGCUGAGCGGUGACAGAAAAUGACUACUUUUAUUCACUUAACAUGUGAUCAUGUUAAUGUGUUUCUUUUUCUCAGCCUCCUGAAGAACUUCAGCGGUUAGUAAAUCUGGUCAAGGAAGAGCCUCUUCCGGCAGAUGCUCCACCUCUACCAGAGGAGAGUCAAUUAGAGGACAUGAGCAGAGACACUGAUGGAGGUGAGGAAGUCAUUUGUCAGACUAUAAAGACUAAACUUUAUUUUUGUUCCUGAUCUGCCUCACCAUAAAAAACAGGCCUUAUAUUAUUCAUGGAAAUUUGGUACAAAAACAGACUUAACCAUUCUGUCCUUUUAACUUGUCAUGUAUACACAGUACCUGCUGUGUUAAACUGUGAAUGUACAGAGCUUUCAGUCAUUUGUUUGGUCUGCUCUGGUAAUGUUUCAUGCAUAAAAAGGAGCCUCACCAAUGGUAAAGCUUCCCUAUUGUGAGACACAGACACCAAUGAACAUGAGUUUACAACUAGGCCUGGCAUAUGUGGGCAUUGUGGUAUGUUUUGGGGAAACAGCAGGUCUGUGUGUCUGUGUGUGUGUUUGUGUGUUUGUGUGCAUGUUUGCACGCAAGUUCAUGUUCAGUCACUUUUGCUAGCACAGACAGUUGAUACAGGAAAAUUGAUGCUCCAGAUGAGCCUGGUGGCCCAGCCUGUCUUGCUGUACCUCAUUAAUCUGAAAACAGUGUAUAAAGUCCAUACAGCAGGGAGCUUACACAGCCCUUUAUGGAACAAUAACCUAAUUUGCAGUAAUUAGCUUUUUUUUAAACCUCUUAGUGUCUGAGGGGGCGUUUGAUUAUGUUUGCCUUCAUUAAACAGUAAAAGCUAGAAUGGGAUGAGCUGUGGGAGAAAAGAAAGAGGAGCAGAGAAAUGAGGACUCAAAUGAAAGCAUUGAAAAGCUGCAGCCAGAGUUCAGCCCUUGUGCAUAGGGCCUUUUACCCCUGAUCAGGUGGAAACCAGGUCACCCACAGAGUGAGUGUUGCUGUUGUGGUAGCAAUAUUCUUGCUAGUUCAUUGGGAGCAAGCUGGCACCUAUGUUUUGUUAGAAAAGUGCCUUCAUUGGAUUUUUGGGUAAAUAUUCAAGUUGCUCUUUAUAACAUACAGUAUUUUGUUUGAAUGUAUUAAGAUGUUAUAUCUGUGUGUCGUUUGUGGGGGGACUUAAAUAUGGUGAGAAUCAAUCAGUUGUUCUUUUAAGGUCAGGAACAGUGUAAUAAUUCGCCAGUUUGUUGUAAUGCUGUCUUCUUGUCUUUUUCCUUUUGUACCAGCUGAUUAAUGUACAGCCAACCUUAAAGACUUAACAUAAAUCAUUUAAGUUACAUUCCCACUUUGAACUCUUCCUUGUAAAAAAUUCCAAUUAGCCAACUUUAUCACCUUGUACUUUUGACCAAUGAGAUGUGACCAGUGGUUAUAUGCUUAGCAGAAUAGUUGCACAUAUUCUUUAACUUCUCUGUGUGAAUUUGUGUGUUUCUGUUUGUCUGUACAUGGGGUGUUUCGCCAUAUUCCUGCCCCUUCAGAUUUUCAGUGUGAAAGAGAUGAGUUUGCCGACCUGGUAGAGGACCUCAAACAUGGCAGUGUGAUUGGCAAUCAUAGGAGGGGACUGACAGUGUACAAAAAGAGCUUCUCAGGUGAUCAACUGGUUGACUGGCUGCAGAGAGAGAAGGGCAUGGGUAAGUAAGGCUGUAGACCUGGAGUAAACUAGGCGAGUGAAUCAUCUCCGAAACCAUACAGUGUGAAGUCAAAUUCAGACCUUUCACCUCCCUUACCAUGGCCCUAUGUGUGCUAGCUAGGGCUGAGGCCUGUAAAACUGGUCAAGCAUUGUUGCAGAAGAAGUACAUGGUGAGUGUGCGUGGCUGUGGGCAGCAGGAUGGCAGUUUUGGAGAAGGAAAGGGAACCAUGGACACCCUUUACAGGCUGCUGGAGGAUGACCCUCAUUCAGCUCUCAACGCAGGACAGACAGCAGCAUGCAGUCCCAUCGAGGGUAGGUCAGGUCUGUGCCAUGCAGGCUCUGAGGCGUAAAGACACACAACAUCUCAAUCGCACAAACACUGGUGUCUGUUAGUGCUCUCUUUCAGCUGCUGCUGGUUGGGUAUGUGAUGCUGUUGGGUUGGCUUGGGUUUGUGUUUUCUGGCAGUGAGCUUACAUGCGUACCAAGAAAUAAACUAAGGGGUUUUGAUAUAUCUUUUGAUGGCCUAAUUAAAAAAUAAAAAAUUUUCUGGGACUACCAUCUCUUCAUGUGAUGGCAAUGAUCAAAGUUGAGCGCGGAAAUUUCAUACUACCAAAGAAGAAAGGAAUUUCAGCCCUACUAAUGAGUUCCAAGUUCAUCAAUGAUGAGAACUCUGAAUCUAUCCAGACAGAUACAGAGAAAAGAAACAGAAGGCCUCAAAGAUGUAUCACUCAAGCUCCGCUGGUGUCUUCUUUAGACUGUCAUGUACUGUUCAGGUUGUUGUUUCUUCAAGUUUUGGUCCUUGUGGUGGUGGUGAGUCCCCUGACCUUAUUUCAACUAACUAAACAUUGCACUCCUUUGGUAACUAACUAACAAUAUAAACUUUGUUUUACAACUCUGUGUGUUUUAAGCAGUAGAGCUAUUAUGCUUUGGUGUUUUACUCUGGGACUUGUCUGUCGUACACCUUCACAGCUGAUGUUCCCCUUCCUGUUUGUCCAAAUGUUACUUUUUACAUCCCACAAGCUAUUUCCUUAGGUGUAUUUUACUGUUAUUUUAGCUUGAAUUUACUGAGACAGCUCAUUUUUUAAACCAGGGAAUAAAACCCUGUUGUGCUAAUUAAACAUAAAACAUGGAAUAUAGUUGUAUCAAAUUAGAGAAUUGUGAACGAGUUUAAUACUUUUUGAUUCAUUUUCAAUGAAUAAACUGUCAUAUUGUUGAUGGUCACCACAUGUAAAGCGAAAUGUAACAAGCCAUGUUUAAACUUUAUGACUUUUAAAAUUAAAUUUUUUGAAAUUAUGAGAAAACAUCUAAAGGUCAAUCCAAAAAGGAUGUAAAAUACAGAAAUGUCCAACUUCUGAACAGGACACUUAUUUAUACACACAAUGUUUGGUUGGGGCUCCUUUACCACAAAUCAUUUUUUUUAAGUAGUUGAUGGAAAGUAUAGAAAAUAUUCACGAUAUUCUUAUAUAUUUGGAUGCACCUGUUUAAAUGUUGUUGUGAUUUUUAAGGUUGACUGUGGCCCUGCUAACACAAAUGCUUGGUUGUUUUGGUUCAAUGCUUGGAUCCUCACCUGUAAAUACUGUUCAAUGAAUGAAUCAUCUGAGUCUCUUACUCUCUCUCUCUCUCUCUCUCACUCUCUCUAUCUAUCUAUCUAUCUAUCUAUCUAUCUAUCUAUCUAUCUAUCUAUCUAUCUAUCUAUCUAUCUAUCUAUCUAUCUAUCUAUCUAUCUCUCUCUCUCUCUCUCUCUCUUUCAGCUGCUGAGCUCUCUUUGCUUUUACGGGAGAUGAUUCUAAAAUUGUUCUCAGAGCAUCUUUCUGCCGAUGGAAAGGUAAUGUUCCCAUCAGCUUUCUUGGCUUCACACUUAGUGUAUAGGCCUGUCUGCCUGGUUGCUUUUGUCUACAUGCUUUGAUAAUGGUUCUUCGUGCUGUUACACUGUGCCAGUUGUGUCUAAUUUGUGGUUUCAUGUGCAUGGAUAGAGCAGAGUGCUGCACACGUAGGGUUACCUUGUACUGUUUGUUAUAGUUGUGAGGCUGCUCAUGGUGUGUUAUUGUUUGUCAAAACAGCUGAACUACAUAAGAUAUGUCACUGACCCGUGACUUUGUCAUGCUCUGAUCCUACUUUCUUUCUCUUGUCCGCUCUCACUCAGUCAGUUGACUACAAAGGCAUGUCAGUGAGCCCUGCCUUUGAGCGUUACUGUGAGCUGGCCAUUCAGCUGCAGAGAGUGGAGCUGCUUUCACUCAGCCGGGAGGAGAAGCUUGCUUUCUUCAUCAAUAUCUACAAUGCCUUGGUCAUCCAUGGUUACCUGCGCCUGGGGGCCCCUACCAACAUGUGGCAAAGAUACAGAGUAGGUUAUUCCCGUUUUUUUAGUGAUAAAAAAAGAAUGGUGUUGUCCUCAGAUUAUUGCAGAGUAUUUUACAGCCACGUUGAAAUGUAUGAAUGAAUGAACUUACAAUGAAAGUGUGUUUUGUGUCUUAGUUCUUUAACUAUGUGAGCUACCUCAUUGGAGGGGAGGUGUUCACAUUACAGGACAUUGAAAAUGGAGUUCUAAGAGGGAACAGAAAAGGUGUCGCACAGCUCCUGAAACCUUUCUCCAAAACAGACCCGCGACUACAAGUACUAUUAAUUAUUCUCAGCUGAUCACUUAACCAUUGUGUCUUGUGGAAAAUAACGCGUCUAAUGUUGGAUUGUAUUGCUCAUUUUGUCCACUAGGUGGCCCUUCCUGAUGCUGAGCCUCUUAUCCACUUUGCCUUGAACUGUGGCGCAAAGGGCUGCCCACCAAUCAAAACGUACACCCCACAGGUGAGACAACAGCUGCUGCAUCAGCGUUUUUUAGGAACCUGAUCCCUCUCAGUCUCAGCUCAUAAUAAUCCUGAAAGAAUAAACUCAUUCAUUGACCUGUGCUGUAAUCUACAGAGAUAGAAAACUAAGUACAAAGACAUCAAUUAAAACAACAGGAGCUUUUUUGUUCCAGUCACGAUAAAAGGAAUUAUCUCCACUUUUAUCCUUUUAUUCUUUAUCCUCUUCUUUUUAUUGCUAUAAUACUGCUUUUAUCUACAUGUAAUUACUCGUCUUUAGUAGUUAUUAGUUAAGCUGUUAUUAUUUUAUCAUAAUAAAAAUGAAAGCUAUUUUCAUAGUUAUGUGUUUUUUGAUUUUUUAACUUAUUUGUGUCUUCUUUCCUUUACUGUUUAGAUUUUUCUAUAGGUGUGUUAUUCUCUACUUCUUCUGUUUCUUUGUAUAUAAAUGCCUGUUUUCCAUCUGUUUGGGGGGUUAUUUUGUUUGCAGUUGCUUUGAAGCACUUUCAAUUCUGUAUAAUAUGUAUGAAAAGUGCAAAAUAAAUAAAGCUUGAUCAAUAAAUUGAUUGAAGUAAAUAAGUCAACCUAAUGGGGAUGUACUAGUAGGCUGUCUACCUUCGCUGUACAACAUUCCCAAAAUCCCUUUUUUCUUAUUAAUCCUGUCAGGAUAUUGACAGCCAGCUCCGCACAGCUGCUGAGGCUUUCCUUGAGAACGAUGACGGCUGUGUGGUGGAUUCUGGGAAAAGAGAAGUGCGGCUCAGUCAGAUUUUCAAGUGGUACAAAGCGGACUUUGGAGGCACUGAUGAGAAGGUUAGUUUGACUGCUUAUUAGGAAUAACACCUUGAGUAGAAGUGUGCUUCACACACACUUAAUUACUCUAUAAUUAUGGCUGUGGUCCAAAGAGUAGGCAUCCAUUUCUACUGUCAUUUUCAAGAGCCAACUAAUGCAGGUCAUGAUUGAAUCCAUAUAGUGACUCAAUAUUUACAGUGGCAUUUCAGCAGCAAUUGAAACUGAACCUAAAUAGCCUUGUACUCACUGGCAAACCAAGCUUGCAGUCUGACUUGGAGACAUACCAGUCUAAAAUGUUUGAUCCAGUUAGAUACCAACUGUUACAAUUUACACACGUCCUGAAGUCAUGGUGCCUGGUUGAAAUAACCCAAUAACUCUGAUCUAGCUGUUAAUCUCAGACGGUGUUUUAUCUGCCCCUGCAGCUACUGAAGUGGGUGCUGGAACACAUGGGUGACUCUCCAAAGAAGACCAGCCUGCAGGAUGUCCUUUCUGCUGGGAAGACCAAAGUCAGCUUCCUCCCUUAUGAUUGGAGCACCAACAGCUCCCACUGAGCAUACACACACACACACAGAAACAGUCACAUGCAGUUAUAUGCUCUGUCGUCUUUGCAUCUGUCCACAACCUGGAGGUUUGUGACGACAUGUUGCACAAUGCAGUCCUCUGGUCCUAAACAAUGCAAAUGUUUUUUUUAUGCAAAAAACGAUAAUGAUAAUUGUAAACCAGGUGGUGAGAGGGGAUAUUUGCACUGUACAACUGAUUCUCUUGUUGGCUUAUCAUAGCUUUAAGGACAAAUUGUAAGCUUCCUCACCCUCUAUUUGUAUGUCAGGAGCUCUGUGUGAGUUGUAUGCACUUAAUAUUUAUUUGUCACAACAGUGAGAUUUAAAAGGAAAAAAGAUACAGCAAGAAACUUAAUGCAGCUGGUAGUGUGUUGUGCUCAUGAGGCAUACGUCAUUUAAAAAAGCUAACUUAUAGCAUGCUGUAUGGUAAUAUCACAGGAUGGCUAACCCUCUCCAGUUCUGGUUUGUCAACAUCAUGUCAGGAACUCAGGCGUCAGCGAUGAUCAAGAUCUUCACGCUUUUCUACAACACUUUCUGGGUUGUUUGUUGAGCAUUUACACAGAGCAGAUGGGAAAACACUCUGCCUUGACAAGCCAUAUCAAACCCCUUCAGCCUCCAGAUCUACUCAUUCAGGUUUCAUGCUGCCUCAUUAUUCCGGUGCCAUUUGUAACUGGCAGACAUCAACAUGUUACUGUAUUUUCUUCAGGUAAAGGGACUAAUAUCUCAUGUCAGUGGAUUAUUCUGUUAUCUGAUGUCCCGUGGAAAUUUACAUCUAAAAAAGGAACAAAACUCGGUCAGUGACUGCAACACAUUCAGCCAGUGACAUGAGAUGUCCCUUUUAUCAGACAAAGUCCAGUAAAAUGCCUCUAAGCUGAUUGGCACAGGUUGAACUGGAGCUGUAGUGUGGUGCAGGGUCUAUACGGGCACUGUAUGUAUCCCCCUAAAGUCUCUGGAUUUGUGGGCAGAGUUUUUUUGCGGGAUCCUGUCUGAAUUUCCAAAAAGGUGUGCUUGCAUGUUGUGUUUACUAAUCUGAAGUUAUAUUUAUUAAGGGUCUGUCUUCAUGAUUAUAACCCUGAGUUUCAAUCCAGGUCUUCCAUCUUCAAUCAGAAAAGUGCUAACUUACCUGUUUUUCUAACAAGUGAUAUAAGAAGAGUUAUGAUUAUACUGUUUAUGAGUCAAAUCUUUAGAAAAACUGCUUCCAUUUGGGAUGAUACUGACAAGCUCUUUAUUUUUAAUAGAGUAAGAUAGAAAGGCCUUGAAUAGAUGAUUUAAAAAAGAAAAAAUAGUUAUGACUAUAAAGUGUAGCAGUUAGUUUGAUUAGAGAGUGCAUUUCUUUUUGUCUAUGUUCAGUUUAAAUGUACAGUGUGCCCCACUUAACCCCAAAUUGUCCGUCACUGGAUUACUGAGCCUUAAAUGUUGAAGCCUUUCUUUUUUACACCCUGGAAAUCUGUUGUUUAUUAACGUGUGAUGGACACAUUAGCUCAAUAUGGUUUCCACAGACGAGUGCUCUGAGUGUGCAGAUUCCUAAAACGAAUGGGGAUUUUACUUCUCAGGUCAAAGGAUAAUGUGAGUGAAACACUGUUAAGUUUUCUGGUUUAAUGACCCAGUAGAUGCUGCAUGCUGUAGAGGAACUAUCUGCAGGCCAAAACUCUUUACCAUAUCAUCAUCAUGUCUUAACACACUCGUAUAUCAGUUGCUUUUUCUCUGAGCUGUAAGCAGCACCAAAGCAUAUGGAUUCAUAAUUAGCAUGAGUUUAAACUGGAAUGCUUUUGCUGCAUGAGAUACUGGAAAUCCUUCGAUCUUGAAUGCUGCCUCCGUUUGUUUUGUUAUACAGCUAUUAACUCAGCUACUCAUUACAGUAUAUUAGGGAAGACUUAGACUCUUACACAAAGCCCUCAGUUUAACUAAGUCUUAGAAAGCCUUACAGUGGGAAAAAGCCUACCCUAUCUAAAAUGUCAUCUUUUACAGGCAAUAGGUUUAUAACAAUGUGCUGAUAAUAAACUGCUCUUUUUGAGAGUACAUGCCUUUAGUGAUAACUGUACCUGGGCUUUUCUGUUUACACAAAAAGGGGAGAUAUGUCUGCUAAAAUUGAGCAAAGAAAAGGAUUUCCCUUAACAUGAUCUCCCUCAAAAUUACCUCAUGAAUCAGGAAAAUAUGAUGCAAAAACUUUUUUAAACAGGCAAAUUUUAAAGUAAUUAUUGUACCUGCCUCGCUCCUGGGGUCAACAAUAAGCAAUAUGUUCGUGAAAAAGUAAAUAUGCAAUGCUGACCUAUAAAAUAAAGGUGUAUCUGCUGUGUCA